GACAGGAAGGAGAGAUAAUGUUGCAAACUGGGUUGGUUCUGUCACAAUCUGACUUCACCCAUACAGAUGACGCAUGCUCUUGCAGUUUCCAGUCUGUGGGAUUUGCCACUCUUCUUCCCGUAGGUAGACACAUUUCGACAUUUCUUACAACACCUCACCAGUUUCCAGACGGUCAUUGUUAUUCGACUGACUGACACAUUCAUGUAAACGAACCUCGUCAAAGGCUCAGUGUGUGUCUUACCCGUUAGAUGAGGAAAGGAACAAGUUAACCCUCACACCGGCAAGUUGGAAACAUCAAAGUCCUGUCGUGGAGGGAUGGCUGUCCUGAACUAUGAUCUCAAUGAUGUAGACUUUGAGGAUAUGUUUGACAAUUACACAUAUCCAGAAUAUGUACUCACUGAUCAGAACUCCAGUCCUUGCCAUCCUGUAAAUUUUGGAAGUUGGGUCAAUCUCACGUUGGCCGUUGUCUACAGCCUGGUGUGUUUCCUCGCUGUGAUGGGGAACCUGGUGGUGAUGAUCGUCGUUCUACACAAUCGGCGCUCAACAUCAUCCACAGACAUCUACCUGCUCCACCUUGCCACGGCUGACCUGCUCUUUGCUGUUUCUCUGCCCUUCUGGGCAGUGGAUGCCAUGUCUGGCUGGGUGUUUGAUGAUGCCAUGUGUAAGGUUGUCAGCAUGCUCCAGGAGGUGAACUUUUACAGUGGCAUCCUGUUUCUGGCCUGCAUCAGUGUUGACCGUUACCUCGCCAUCGUCCACUCUGCCCAGUCCCACAGGCAGAAGCGGCCGUUCCUGAUCAAACUGGUCUGUGCUGUUGUGUGGGUGCUGGCUGUUCUCUUGUCUUUACCCAUCCUCUACAAGGGCAAGUUCGUCUACGAUGGAAGUGUCCUGUGUUAUGAGUUACUCGAGGGUGAAUCCAUCGCAACCUGGAAAAACAGCACCAGGUUCUUGCGUCAUGUUAUUGGGUUCCUCAUCCCACUGGGUGUCAUGGUCUUCUGCUACAGUGUCACCAUCCGCAGACUAUGUCAGACGAAGGGUUUCCAGAAGCAGAAAGCCAUGAAGGUCAUUAUCGCCGUGGUGCUUGCAUUUCUCAUUUGUUGGCUGCCCCACAAUAUCACUGUGUUUGUUGACACUCUGAUGAGAAGCAAACUCAUCACCGAGACUUGUGACAGGCGCAAUCACAUCGACCGGGGUCUGUCCGUGACUCGGAUUCUGGGAUUCCUGCAUUGCUGCAUUAAUCCAAUCUUAUACGGCUUCAUUGGGCUCAAAUUCCGGAGGAACUUACUCAACCUCUUGGCGGAUAAAGGACUUAUUAGUCAACAUGCAAAAGCACAUUAUAAGCGAUCGGUGUCCACUUCCUCGGAAUCCGGACUCGUUUCUUCUACAAUAUAGACUGUCUGUGAUGGUGGAAUCUCAUCCAAUCAGAAUGUUGUCGAACUAGAAGCUUAAAUACGAUGUUGGAGCCAUUAUUGUGUGGGAUGUUUUCCACUCUUUGCUGUUAUCUAGUUUGAUGGUCAAUAAACCCAAGAGAUUCUGCAGAUGCUGGAAAUCUGGAGCAACACACACAAAGUGCAGGAGGAGCUCAGUGGGUCAGGCAGCAUCUUUGGAAAAGAGUAAACAGUCGCUAUUUCAGGCCGAGACCCUUCACCAGCACUAGAAAGGAAGGGGGAACGAGUCAGACUAAGAAGGUGCAGAGAGGAGAGGAAGACGUACAAGGAGGCAAGUGUUAGGUGAAACCGGGAGAGGAAGAGUGGGGUGAAGUAAAGAGCUAGGACGUUGAUUGGUGGACGAGAUACAGGGCUGGAGAAGGGAAGACCAUGGAAGAAAGGGAAGGGGGAGGAGCACCAGAGGGAGGUGAUGGGCAGGCAAGCAGAUAAGUUGUGAGAGGGAAACAAGAAUGGGGAAUUCUGAGAGAGAGGUGGGGGGGGCAAUUACUGGAGGUUCAAGAAAUCAAUGUUCAUGCCAUCAGGUUGGAGGCUACCCAGACUGAAUAUAUCCUCCAACCUGAGAGAGGCCUCAUUGUGGCAGUAGAGGAAGCCAUGGACAGACAUGUUGGAAUGGGAACGGGAAAUAGAAUUGAAAUGGGUGACCAUCGGAAAAUCCCGCAUUUUGUGACAGAGGGAGCGAAGGUGCUUGGCGAAGCGGUCUCACAAUCUAUGCCGGGUCUCGCCGAUUUCCAGGAGGCCACACCAGGAACACCAGGUACUGCAGACGACCCCAACAGACUUGCAGGUGAAGUGUCACCUCACCUGGAGGGACAAGUUGGGGCCCUGAAUGGUAGUGAGGGAGAAGGUGUAGGGUCAGGACUGGGACUUGUUCCUCUUGCAAGGAUAAGUGCCAGGGAUGAGAUCAGCGGGGAGGCGUGAGUGGACAAGGAAGUUGUUCAGGGAGCAAUCCCUGCAGAAUGCAGAAAAUGGAGGCAGAGAAAGGUGUGUUUGGUUGUGGGAUCCCACUGAAGAUGGCAGAAGUUGCAGAGAAUUAUGUGCUGGAUGCGGAGGCUAGUGGGGUGGUAGGUGAGGACAAGAAGGACCCUAUCCCUGGUGGGGUGGCGGGAGGAUGGGGUUGAGAGCAGAUGUGCCUAAAAUGGAAGAGAUGCAGUUGAGGGCAGCAUUGACUGUGGAGGAAGGGAAGUCCCUUUCUUUGAAGAAGGAGGACAUCUCAUUAGUGCUGGAAUGAAAACCCUCAUCCUGAGAACAGGUGUAGCAGAGACAGAGGAACUGAGAAACUGGAAUGGCAAUUUUACAAGCGUCUACGUAGGAAGAGGUACAGUCAAGAUAGAUGUGAGAGUCAGUGAGUUUAUAAAAGAUAUCAGUAGGUAGGCUAACUCCAGAGAUAGAGAUUGAGAGAUCGAGAAAACUCUUUACUUCAGCCCCUCACACUCUCCCGGCUUCACCUAUCACCUGCCACCUCGUGCCUCUUCCUCUCUUCCCUCCCCUACCUUUUUAUUUUGACUUCUUCACCCUACCCUUCCAGUCCUGAUGAAGGGUCUCAGCCUGAAGUCGACUGUUUAUUUCCAUCCAUAGAUGCUGCCUGACCUGCUGUGCUCCUCCAGCACUUUGCGUGUGUUGAUGAUCAAUAAUGUGAUUUGAAUGGUUUCAUCUCUGCUAUCCCAAUGAUAGCUCUCGCUUUCGCAUUAUCAUCUGCAACUGAUACAUUACAUGAUAUUUGGUGAUUGAAAACGAACCACAAGGACUACUGGCUUCACCCAGAAUUUUAGCACUGUGGGACGGGCCAUUCGGGCAGCCAAGCUGUUCCUAGCCUUCUGAAUAAGGAAGAAAUAUUUGCACACCAGUUGAAGAUUUCUAGAUUAAGAACUAUUCCAUAACUCAGCAUCAUCAAAAUCGAGGCAUUGGCUCUACCCGGUGUGAGCAGACUGGAGAACAAUAUACGUCCAUAGUUUUUAAGCUACAUAGAUUUUUUUCUCCCAGCCAUUGCUCUUUCCCUUUAAUCAUUACGGUGAAUGUGGCAACUUCCCAUGGAAGAAAAAUUGAGAGAAUGUGGGACGAGAUUAAUCUUGGGCUAGGAGAAAUAGUCAGCACAACAUCGUGGACUGAAAGGCCUGUACUGUGCUGUACUUUUCUGUGUUGUAUAUUGUCUGUUUUAUCCUCUUGUUCUGGGGAGAUAGGUGAAAAAGCUUCAGCUUUGCUUUAACAACACAUCUCCCUUCAGGACUGUAACCAACUUACCUUUCCUUUUCAGUAUCUCUUCUCAGUAUUUACUUGUCUAUGCGAUUUCAAAUUUCAUAGCCCAGAUGAUACAGGAGCAGGCAGGCCACUCAGCCCAUGCAGUCCGCUCUACCACUCCACCGUGGCCCUUCCAUUUCUUCCCUAUUCUCCUGCCCUCUACACAUAACCUUUAACUACUCAAGAACCGAUCAAACUCUGUUUUAAAUAUAGCCAGUGACUUGGCCUCCACAACCAUCUGUGGUAACGGAUUCACCAUCCUCUCUAUUCCUCUUCAUUUCUAUUCAAAAGGGAUGUCUUUGUGCACAGUCUCAGUGUACAAGGUCCCCUCAUUCUUCAAAAUGGAUCCCCUUCAUUCUUCAAAACUCUGGUGAGUACAGGCGCAGAGCAUCAAAGCUCCUCAUACAUUAACCCUCUCAUUGUGGGCGGUUCACCAGCACCGUGCGGAAUAACAUCAUCAGAUAAAGAUACUGACGUGUUUGGGGAGAUGGAGAAGAUGCCAUUCAGAAGACUGAACUGGAAGACCUGUUGUUUAUGUUGCAAUGCACUCUUUGUUUACUUGAUAUUUGCUGUAACUGCAUUUAUGUUAAUAAAUGUUAUU